CAAAUACAAAUGCACAUCAAUUUCACAUAUUCUUUUAGUAACCAUGAAAUCAUCUUCAAUAACAUUUGUUGCUCUUGUUCUUCUCAUCCUUGUAGCAUCAAAAUCAGAGGCUGCAAUUUCAUGCAGUGAUGUGAUUAAGAAUUUGAAACCUUGUGUUAGCUACUUGGUUAGUGGAAGUGGACAACCACCAGCUGCAUGUUGCUCUGGAGCUAAAGCUCUUGCCUCUGCUACAUCAACUUCAGAGGAUAAAAAAACUGCUUGCAACUGCAUCAAAUCCACUUCUAAGAGUGUUAAAAUUAACUCACAAUUGGCUCGAGCUCUUCCAGGAAACUGUGGAAUUAGCACUCCAAUCAAUAUCUCCCCAGAUGCUGAUUGUUCCAAGAUCGGUUAAUUGAAACUUGGAAGUUGGAAUUGGAGGACCAUGUUGAACAUUUUUCUGCAACUAUAUGUAUCGGGAAUAUUAUAUAUUUUGUACUAAUAAAUAUAUAGUAAUCUACUUAUGUGGAUUUCUGUAUUAUGUUUAUGAUUGUGAUUCUUCAAUACGUUGUACGAAUGUUGUUCACAAUUUCAUAAAUAUUUGUUCUUUUUCUAUAGUAAGAAUUAUUCUUUUAAAACCAUAA